AUUCUUAUAUUCAUCCUAGUUCUAUAUCACACUGCUCCUCUCAUCAAUUCUUAACCAAAAAACCUUAUUUGUUUCAGACUCUAAUGGACACCAUGGAGACCUCAAAACUCCCAUCUCACUCUCAAAACCCUAAUGAAAGUGGAGAGAAAAGAAGCUUUACUACUACAAACAGAAGAAACAUUAAUAAGGGAAGAAGAUUUCUGGGGGUGAGACAAAGGCCUUCGGGGAGAUGGGUUGCGGAAAUCAAGGACUCUUCACAGAAGUUGCGGCUAUGGCUGGGGACUUUCGAUAGAGCAGAAGAAGCUGCUUUGGCUUAUGACAGUGCCGCCAGGCUUUUGAGAGGAAGAAAUGCAAAGACCAACUUUUCAUAUCGUCAUGGAUUUGUGAAUAAUCAUGAAGAAAAUUGCUGAGUUGUGGUUAAAAAUCCACGGCUUUAUCAACUUCUUCAGCAUACAGUCACGAAGAACCAUCCAAAUUCUUCAUCAUCAUCUUCUCCAUGGAUUGAUCAUAAAAUGUGUAACAAAGUUGACUCCCCCAAUAUAAACUUUGAUACGCUUGUUGAAGAAACCAUAGUUUGUUCUUCAACUCCAUCAGAUUAUCAUCAGCUUUCUGGGUUUUCUUUUGGGAGCUCUAAAGUUUAUUCUUCUGUAAUUGUUGCUCCUUCGUUUAGUUCUAAUUCUGUGUCUCAAUCAAGAGAGGAAUAAAACUAUAUUAAUUCUUCCUCUAGCUAUGAUCUUCAAGCAAAUCCAAAAAUAUUAGAAUUAGAUGAAUUAAAUUUGGAUUUGUACUUCACUUGUAAAUUAUUAUGGUUUAGUUCUAGCUAGUUUAUGUUUU